UUCGGAUUUGUUCCUAGUCGCCGCCCUCCACCUUGUUUCCUACCCUCACGUCGACCGUCGCUGUACAUAUUCUCCGGCGGCCGACACUCAUCCCACUCGCCACGGCGGCGCCCACGGAACACACGCACAGACGUCGUAGCAGGCUCCCGCAGCCAACAUGGCCAACCAAGGCAACAACAUCAAGGUCGUAUGCCGAUUCCGACCGCCAAACUCGAUCGAGAAGCGCGAGGGCGGCGACAUAUGCGUCGCCUUCAGCGACGACCUCACGACCGUCAAGAUGACGGGCAACACGGCCCAGACGGGGCCCGAGGCCAACGGAUUCACGUUCGAUAGGGUCUUUCCCAUGGGCACACAGCAGCAUGAGGUCUUUGACUACGGCGUGAAGGACAUCGUGAAAGAUGUGCUCGAUGGUUACAACGGCACGGUUUUCGCGUACGGUCAAACGGGAAGUGGAAAGACAUUCACGAUGAUGGGCGCGGACAUAGACUCGCAAGAGCUCAAGGGUAUCAUACCUCGGAUAACGGAACAGAUCUUCCAGUCGAUCGUCGAAAGCGAGGCCCACUUGGAAUACUUGGUGAAGGUCUCGUACAUGGAGAUCUACUUGGAGAAGAUUCGUGAUUUGCUAGCGCCGCAAAACGAUAAUCUCCAAGUCCACGAAGAGAAGUCGAAGGGUGUCUACGUCAAGAACCUGUCCGACUACUAUGUCAGCAGCGCCCAGGAAGUUUACGAAAUUAUGCGAACAGGUGGACAGGCUCGUAUCGUGUCCGCUACGAACAUGAAUGCCGAAUCCUCACGAUCCCACUCCAUCUUCCUCAUCACCAUCAUCUGCCGAAACACCGAGACCGGCGCGCAGAAGACGGGUAACCUCUACCUUGUCGAUCUCGCGGGUUCCGAGAAGGUUGGCAAGACGGGUGCAUCUGGGCAGACGCUAGAGGAGGCGAAGAAGAUCAACAAGUCGCUAUCAGCACUGGGUAUGGUCAUCAACGCGCUCACUGACGCCAAGGUCAAGUACGUGCCAUAUCGUGACUCCAAGCUCACGCGUAUCCUGCAAGAGUCUUUGGGCGGUAACUCGCGCACGACUCUCAUUAUCAACUGCUCUCCUUGCAUCUACAACGAGUCCGAGACGCUCUCGACGCUCCGCUUCGGUAUCCGUGCCAAAAGCAUCAAGAACGCCGCUCGCGUUAACGCUGAGCUCUCACCACAAGAGCUCAAGGGCCUCCUCCAGAAGUCUCAAGCGGCGAAUGGCUCGUACCAGAAGUACAUUGCCGCUCUCGAGGCAGAGCUUGCGAUCUGGCGCUCCGGCGGCAAGGUCGAGGAGGCUGACUGGGCAACGCCGGCUAAGGCUGGCGCCCCUGCCUCCGCUGCCAAGUCCGAGCCGAAGAAGGCCCCGACGAGCCCGACACCCUCUGGCGUGUCAACGUCGCGCAGCAUGACGCCUGUGAACCCCGCCAUCGAGAACCUCCAGAAGGGUGAUUUCCCUGACAGCCGUCCGGCCACCCCGACCGUGCUCGGCUUGGAGAAGGACGAGCGCGAGGACUUCUUGCGUCGCGAGAACGAGCUCACGGACGCCCUCGGGGAGCGCGAGAGCGCCCUCAACGCCGCCGAGAAGCUCGUCAAGGAGCUCAAGGAGGAGCUCACCUUCCUCAAGGAGCAAGAGGCGACGGUGUCGAAGGAGAACAAGACGAUGGCGACGCAGGUCAACGAGCUGCGCCUGCAGGUCGAGCGUCUUAACUACGACAACAAGGAGGCGGCGAUCACGAUCGACAUCCUCAAGGAGCAGCAGCAGGACACGACGAACCAGCUCGAGGAGCAGAACAAGCUGAUCGCGGAGCUGCGCACGGCGCAGAAGGACGCGGGCGCGGAGGACAAGGAGAAGCGCAAGCAGGAGAAGAUGGCGAUGAUGAUGGCCAAGUUCGACACGGGCGCGUUCAGCGAGAAGGACGACCAGUUGCGGGCGAUCCUCAACAAGCUCGACAGCAUGGACUCGGCGGGCGCGCUUACGGGCGAGGACCUGACGGCUAUCCGUCGCCAGCUCAGCGAGGGUCAGAACGUCGUGCGGGAGACCGUCGACCGUCUGCGCCAGAGCCAGGAGGAGAACGAGAUGCUCACGCGCAGGCGAGAGGAGCUCGAGGCACGCGUCGCGUCGCUUGAGGCUGAGUACGAGGAGCUUCUCGAGAAGACGAUCCACGACGAGGAGACCAGCAACGCUGACCUCGCCGAGUCGAUUGCCGACUUGAAGACCAAGCUCGAGGCCCAGUACGCUGCCAAGCGUGAUGCGCAUUUGAGCGAAAUGGUCGACCUCCGCCAGCAACUGGAGAUGAAGACCAACGAGGUCCGCAACCUCCAUGCGACGAACGAGAGCCUGAAGAGCGUCAACGAGGAGCUGAAGCGUGCCUUCGCUGUCACCUCUGCCGGUAUCGAAGGUGGCAAGAACCUCGCCGAGAGCGCCCAGGACCUUGAGCGGACACGCAAGGCCAUCAACGUCCAGCUUGCUGAGUUCGACGGCGUCAAGAAGAGCUUGAUGCGCGACCUGCAGAACCGCUGCGAGAAGGUUGUUGAGCUCGAGAUCCAGCUCGAUGAGAUCAAGGAGCAGUACAACAACGUGAUCCGCAACAGCAACAGCAAGGCGCAGCAGAAGAAGAUGGCCUUCCUCGAGCGCAACCUCGAGCAGCUCACGCUUGUGCAGAAGCAGCUCGUCGAUCAGAACUCGACGCUCAAGAAGGAGGCGGGGAUCGCGGAGCGCAAGCUGCUCGCGAGGAACGAGCGGAUACAGAACCUGGAGGCUCUCCUGCAGGACGCUGACCGCCGGCUGUCUGUCCAGAACCAGAAGUUCGAGGCGCAGCUGCAGGCCGUCAAGGAGCGUCUCGACCAGGCAAGGGCUCAAAAGGCCGCUGCGUCGUCUCCGUUGAACUUCGGCCGCAUCGCGAAGCCCCUUCGUGGUGGUCGUCCGACGGAGCAUGGUGCCGUCACCGGCGGUGGUGCGUCGCCGCUUGCCCGCAUUCAGGGCGAGGAGGGCGCCAACGCUCCCAGCUCGAGGCGGUCUUGGUUUUUCAGCAACGCCGGCUAAGCGCUUCAACCGCACGACGCCUUGUAUGGGUGUCCGCUUGUGCAAGCGAAGGGCGUGCACCAGGCGUUUGGGAGGUGUCAUAGACUAACGUUGCUCUGUCGAUUACUCAUUGUGCCAAUACCCGUGUAGUAUCUCUCGCAUAACAUCUAGCACUACUCUAAUGCAUUGCUGUGGAUUGGAUUCGAUGCAA